AUGACUGGCGGCGCCUCCUUACCAAAAUCUAAUAUUUCUUCUUCUUCUCCUUUCUCAUCUCUUGCGGGAUCUAAUGUUAAACAUAACAUCCCCAUCACUUUAGACAUGGAAAACGUACAAUACUCGACGUGGGCCGAGUUAUUCAAAAUUCAUGCACGCUCCCAUCGAGUCAUUCAUCAUAUUAUUCCUCCGGCAACAGGUAAAGAGAAGAUACCGACAACCGAUGAGGAAAAAGAUGAUUGGUCCACCAUUGAUGCAACGGUGUUGAAGUGGAUAUACACCACUAUAUCCCCUGACCUUCUCAACACUAUUCUUGAACCGGAUUCUACGGCCAUAGAAGCAUGGAAUCGAUUACGGGAUAUUUUUCAAGACAACAAAUCCUCCCGUACGGUAACUUUAGAACAAGAAUUCUCUAACACUUGUAUGGAGGAUUUCCCUAAUGCAUCUUCUUAUUGUCAACGGCUUAAAAUGUUGGCGGACCAACUCAAAAAUGUUGGGGCUCCGGUCUCUAACAACCGGCUCGUUUUACAAAUGGUAGCGGGCCUUACCGAAGCAUAUAGUGGUGUUGGUACUUUGCUUCGACAAAGUGAUCCACUUCCUCCCUUUUACCAAGCAAGAUCCAUGCUUGUAUUGGAGGAAGCCAGACUUUCCAAGAAGGUUGGUGGCGCGGUGAUGGUCGCCAAUGCAGUGGAGUCUUCGCUGGAAAAUGGUAGUCCUAACCGUGGGUCAAACAGUGGGAAAAAGGGUCAAAAAGGAUCGAAAAAUGAAAAAAAAGGGGGUGGAGGUGGUCACCGGAAUUCCGGUGGUGGUUACCGUGGCAACCGGAAUUCCGGCGGCGGCAGCUGA